AUGUUCGAUGAGACUGCUGUGCAUGUUAUUGGAGGAGGCAUCGGAGGGACAGUUGGAGCAGUUUUAACUUGUCCGUUAGAAGUUGUCAAAGUUCGCCUACAAUCUUCAAAGGGAAUUGUACUUUCUUCGUCUUCAUUCAAGCCUAACCUCGUCCCAAAUUAUAAUCACAUCCACCGUUUUUCGCGCAUACGAUGCAUGUUCUAUGGUUUAAAACAAGCUGAUCCUAAAUAUGUUCAAAAAUCCAGUCCCAGUCACAAGUCAGUGAUUUCUUCGUGUAUUAGUUCGUCAAACCCCUCAGUUCUCAACAUUCCGACUACAUCUUCCGACUUCUCAAACGUCAAGCCUCAUGGACUUCGGCGAUCUCUUAUUCUUCGUUCGUUAAUUGACAUUUUUCGUUAUGAAGGACCCACAGCUCUCUUUAAAGGUCUCGUUCCUACUCUUGUUGGGGUGAUGCCAACACGAGGCAUAUACUUUUGUGCAUAUCAUAAUGGACAGUUAUUCUUUGAAAAAUAUUUCCAGCCUGGUUCUUCAUUUGUUUAUUUAUGUGCUGCUGGGAUUGCAAGCAUAACAGCUUCUUCCUUAACCAAUCCUAUUUGGUUUGUAAAAACAAGGCUUCAAUUAGAUUCACGGCCAGGUCAUACACCUAUUACGGUUUCACAAGUUAUAUGUAACACUUGGAAGCAAGAUGGAUUACGUGGUUUUUACCGGGGUGUAAGUGCAUCGUAUUUUGGUUCUCUAGAAACAGCUUUAAACUUCGUUGUAUAUGAAAAUUUUAAAUCAGAACUGCUUUGGAGAGAGCAUAAACGUAAACGUCAAUUAACUCUUAAUAGUUCUGUUCCAAUAUCGGAACAAUCUGUUUACAGUAGUGAUAACAAUUAUCUGCCUCAAAAAGCAUCGGAUUUUCGUGGUUCAAGUGGCGGAAGUAAAUUAUCUGCUUCAAAAGAUAUGAUCUUGUGUAUGAUUGCUAGUGCUUGUUCUAAAGCAAUCGCUAUUACUGCUCUAUAUCCUCAUGAAGUAGCCCGAACUCGUUUACGUGAAGAAACUGGACAAUAUCGAGGAUUUUUUCGUACACUUCAUUUAGUUGGCAAAGAGGAAGGUUUAAGUGGACUUUACCGUGGUAUGGCAACUCAUUAUAUUCGUCAAGUACCUAAUUCUUGUAUUAUGAUUGGAACUUAUGAAUUCGUUGUCUUUCUGCUACAAUCUUGGGAUUUAACUAAAGACACCAAGGUAUAG